GAACCAGAUGAUCAGUAAUUUGGUCUCCAGAGAUCAUUCUUGGGGGUAGAUCACCAGAGGUAGGAACUCUUGAGACAGAGGUGUACAUGUCAUAGAGGCUAGAUCAAUACUUGAGCGAGUGGUGGCAGAGCUGGUUCAAACGUUGAAGCUGUCCAACAGGCUCAUACUAGGCAGAGGCAUGGCAACACCUCCAGUAGCCCAGUGCUAGUGGUGCUAGAGCUCAAAUCAUCUGGUGGAGGAUUGUCAAGCAAUGUGGGAGUCUACCCCCCCCCCCCCAGGAGUAGUUGGACUUCAUCGCCAAUGCUCGGAGCCUCCAUCCUUACAACGUUACAUAUAAUGAGGGAUGACGCCAACAGGCAUGGCAGCACCUCCAGUAGCAGUACCACCAAGCCUCCCGGUUUCACAGCACUAGCUGGUGGUUUUCAGCAGAGGCAGUAGUACCAGACUCGACAAGGUCCAUUUCCACAGCAGUAGUCGUUUCAGCCCAGACAGGGGCAAACCUUCCAGCACAGCAGAGGCCAUUCCCACAUUUGCCACCAGCCCCUGCACAGGGUGACCAUAUGUCGGAGAUGAAAAUAUGGUGACGACUUUCGUGAGGACCAACAUAGAGAAGUUCUCCAGGAUGGACCAGUUGAUGUAUUUCUCUAUGGGGAAAUUCAAUUCACUGGAGGCAGGCCAGAGAAACCAGAGUGCUAUUCUGCAGGACCUCCAGAACCAGAUUGGAGGAAUAGCUCAAAACAACAGCACCGGGGCACCAGGAACUCUACCUUCCAACUUUGCACGGGCAAAUCGCACUGGCCGUGUAUUGGACCCCUUGUGGCCGUGUGGAAAGUCCAGGGAGCUCACACGGCCAGACUGGAAAUCCACAAGGUUGUGUGCCUCUGGCCGUGCAGCAUGCCUAAAGACCACUUAAGUGAAACGCGGCGUUUCCAUUCUCAAACGGGAAAACUGGGAAUCCACAUGGCCGUGUGUCCUGGCCGUGUGGUUGGGAAAUUCUGGGUUUUAACCCAAUUUCGAGCCAAAGGAGAGAAAAUUGAGUUUUUGAGCAAAAAAACAGAGCCCUAGAG